UAAGCUCACAACUGUUGUCGACCACCAUGUUUGUACCGAUCGUCCUGGCAGCCGUCUGCCUUGCCAGCAUCACGGUCUUGGCUGCAACUGACAAGCCAUACUAUGACGUGGAAGACGCUGAGAACUUGUUCGAGAGUUUUCUCCAAAAGCACAAUAAAGUAUACAAGAACCGGAGGGAGUAUUACGAAAGGCUUGGCAUUUUCAAGAAAACCUUGAAGGACUUAAAUGAGCGAAAUGCUAUGUUUCCUGAUACUGUGUUUGCAUUGGAUCACUUUGCUGACUUAUACCCUGAAGAGCUGCAGUCAUAUUUUGGCUUCAAACUUCCAGAAAAUAUGACGGGUAUAAUACUCCCUGACGGGCCAACUCCAACGGAAGAACACUUCGAUUGGAGGGAAAGGGGUGCAGUUUCACGUGUUAAGGAGCAACUAAACUGUGGUAGUUGCUACAUCUUCAGCGCUGUUGGUAAUAUUGAAGGGCAGUACGCCAUCAAAAACGAGGUAUGCUUAGCCUUCUCUGAAGGGCAGGUUCUCGACUGCCUCACCACAGGAACAUGUGCCGGAGGUUACAUGCACGAGGUUUUUCAGGAACUGGCUCAGAAAAAAAUGAAGUUAGAAACAGAAACAAGCUAUCCCUAUAAAGAUAAAAAAGGAAAUUGCAGUGCAAACGCCAAGAUGGGACGUGUGUUAGUAACCAGAGGCAAUCAGAUUAGAAUCGCCGAUGAAGAGGAAUUGAAGAACAAAUUGGUAAACUUAGGACCUCUCUCUGUAGGUUUAAACGCCAAUGACUUUGUCGGUUACGAAAAAGGCAUACUAGAACCACACCGGUGCAUAGGACGAAAAAUUAACCACGCUGUGCUCUUGGUCGGCUUUGGAGAAGAAAAAGGCAAGAAGUAUUGGAUUCUUAAAAACUCAUGGGGCAAAUUUUGGGGUCAGGAAAAAGGCUACGUGAGACUGCGGCGAGGAGUGAACGCUUGCCGCAUGGGCACCAACUACACUGCCAGCUCCGAAGUGGCUUAGAGUCUGCAGUCACCUGCAGCCGUUAACAUCACCGUGCAUUCUUGGAAUGCAUCUCGCACGGGCGCUUCGAUUAACAUAAUGAAAACCUUCAUUAGGGUAAACUCGCCUCAUUCGGUGAUACAACCAAAAAUCGUCUUUCGGAAUAGUGCUUCAAAGAUUGUAUCACCGAAUUAGGCGUGUCACCGAAUGAGGCGAGUUUAUCCUACAUUUGGCUAAUCAAUCGAAAACUGCAAAACUCAUUUCUUUUAGAGUAUAUUAUUAUAUUUUCUUAAUUAUUAAAACAAAUAUCAUGUGAGUUACAA